UUACAGCUGAGUGAUGGUGACAUGGUUCCCCUGUGAGGCCAGAUUUCAGCUCUGCACUCCACACAGUCCUAACCCAUCGAGGAGAGGUGCUGACUGUUCUGAUGCCGAGUUUCCAAUUGCCUUGAUUAAAGUAGAAACAUUCUAUGGCUUGGAUGACUUACAUUUCAGAUUGGUUUGAUCAAGAUGAUUGGUAUGAAGGACUGCAAAGAGCAAACAUGUCCCAGGUAAGGCAAGUGGGACUCCUAGCUGCUGGAUGUCAGCCUUGGAACAAAGAUGUUUGCGCUGCCCAUGGAGACAGGUUUGCGUACUGUGCUACCCUGGCCAUCUAUAUUUAUCAGUUGGAUCACCGUUAUAAUGAAUUCAAACUUCACGCAAUUAUGUCUGAACAUAAAAAAACAAUCACAGCUCUCUCUUGGUGUCCACAUAACCCUGAUCUGUUUGCAAGUGGCAGUACCGAUAACUUAGUGAUCAUUUGGAAUGUUGCAGAACAAAAAGUCAUUGCUAAGCUCGACAAUACAAAAGGGGUGCCUGCCUCUCUUAGCUGGUGCUGGAAUGCAGGUGAUACAGUGGCAUUUGUUUCCCACAGAGGCCCGCUGUUCAUUUGGACCAUCUCAGGACCAGAGAGUGGGGUGACUGUUCACAGGGAAGCUCACAGCUUCUUGUCUGAUAUCUGUAUAUUCAGAUGGCAUAGCCAAAAAAGGGGGAAAGUUGUAUUUGGUCAUAUUGAUGGAAGUCUAUCAAUUUUUCAACCAGGUAGUAAAAGUCAGAAACAUGUUCUGAGACCUGACUCUCUUGAAGGGACAGAUGAAGAAGAUCCAGUGACAGCCCUGGAAUGGGACCCGCUGUCUACCGAUUAUCUCCUUGUGGCUAAUUUGCACUUUGGAAUUCGCCUACUAGAUUCGGAAUCCCUUUAUUGCAUCACAACAUUUAAUUUUCCCAGUGCAGCGGCUUCUGUCCAGUGCUUAGCCUGGGUUCCCAGUGCUCCCGGGAUGUUUGUCACUGGAGAUUCUCAAGUGGGUGUUUUGCGUAUUUGGAAUGUUUCACGAGCAACACCUAUAGAUAAUUUUAAACUAAAGAAAACAGGGUUUCACUGCUUACAUGUACUUAAUUCUCCUCCAAGAAAAAAAUUUUCAACCCAGUCUCCAACGAAAAAUCAUUAUACGUCCUCAACGAGUGAAGCAGUUCCUCCCCCAACUUUGACACAGAAUCAAGCAUUUUCUCUUCCUCCCGGUCAUGUCGUGUGCUGUUUCUUGGAUGGUGGGGUUGGGCUUUAUGACCUAGGAGCCAAGAAGUGGGAUUUUCUUAGGGACUUGGGGCAUGUGGAAACAAUCUUUGACUGCAAAUUCAAACCCGACGACCCCAAUCUUUUGGCGACAGCUUCAUUUGAUGGCACCAUAAAAGUCUGGGAUAUAAACACGUUGACAGCCGUGCACACGUCCCCGGGGAACGAAGGCGUUGUUUACUCCCUCUCGUGGGCUCCAGGUGACUUAAACUGCAUUGCUGGUGCAACGUCCCGAAAUGGUGCUUUUAUUUGGGAUGUGAAAAGGGGCAAAAUGGUACAGCGAUUUAAUGAGCAUGGAAAAAACGGAAUAUUCUGCGUUGCCUGGAGUCAUAAAGAUUCCAAAAGAAUAGCCACCUGCAGUGGUGACGGUUUCUGUAUUAUCCGAACGGUUGACGGUAAAGUGUUGCACAGAUACAAGCACCCCGCUGCGGUGUUCGGUUGUGACUGGAGCCAGAACAACAAAGACAUGAUAGCCACUGGCUGUGAAGAUAAAAAUGUUCGUGUCUAUUACGUAGCCACCAGCUCUGAUCAACCGCUGAAAGUCUUUAGUGGGCACACUGCCAAAGUGUUCCAUGUUAGAUGGUCUCCUCUGCGGGAGGGAAUUCUUUGCAGUGGCUCUGAUGACGGUUCUGUUCGAAUCUGGGAUUAUACUCAGGAUGCUUGCAUAAACAUUCUUAGUGGCCACACUGCACCUGUGAGGGGAUUAAUGUGGAAUACUGAGAUCCCUUACCUUCUCCUGUCUGGCAGCUGGGACUACACUAUAAAAGUAUGGGACACUCGAGAAGGAACUUGUUUGGAUACUGUUUAUGAUCACGGUGCAGAUGUAUAUGGGUUAACAUGCCAUCCCAGCCGCCCCUUCACCAUGGCAUCUUGUUCCCGUGACUCUACAGUGAGACUCUGGUCAUUAACACCUUUAAUCGCUCCUUUACCAAUGAAUAUUCUGGCAGACAGAUCUUGGGAAGAAAUUAUCGGGAACAUUGAUCAUGCUGUGGAACAAGGCACUCCCCCUCUAUUGUGUGGUAAAGUAUCAAGAGAUAUUAAACACGAAAUAGAGAAGCUAACUGGUAAUCCUCGAGCAAAGAAGCUAAGAUGGUUUUCAGAGUGUUUAUCACCUCCAGGUGGCAGUGACAACUUAUGGAACUUAGUUGCUGUGGUAAAAGGACAGGACGAUAGCUUGCUCCCUCAGAACUACUGUAAAGGAAUAAUGCAUUUGAAACAUCUGAUUAAAUUUAGAACGUCUGAAGCCCAAGAAUUAACAACAGUCAAGAUGUCUAAAUUUGGUGGUGGUAUUGGUGUGCCCACUAAAGAGGAAAGACUGAAGGAGGCUGCAGAAAUACAUUUGAGAUUAGGACAAAUUCAGAGAUACUGUGAACUUAUGGUUGAACUUGGAGAGUGGGACAAGGCCUUGUCAGUCGCACCGGGGGUGUCUAUGAAAUACUGGAAGAAGUUAAUGCAGAGGAGAGCUGAUCAGUUAAUCCAGGAAGAUAAGGAUGAUGUCAUUCCAUACUGCAUCGCCAUUGGAGAUGUGAAAAAAUUAGUAAAUUUUUUUAUGUCAAGAGGUCAGCUUACAGAAGCUCUGCUUGUUGCGCAGGCUGCUUGUGAGGGAAACAUGCAGACCGUACAUGUUUCCACACCUAAAGGAUCUUCAUAUCCUGAUGAUAUCUACAAGGAAGACUGUCAUGAACUCCUGCACAAAGUCAGUGAAGAACUAGCGGAAUGGUAUUUUCAGGAUGGUCACGCAGUGUUAGCCGCAUGUUGCCAGCUAGCCGUAGAUAAUACUGAGCUUGCUAUGGCAUACCUGAUUCGUGGAAAUGAACUGGAGUUGGCCGUCAGUGUGGGCACAGUGCUCGGAGAGCCUGCUGCACCCACAACCCACUAUGCCCUGGAACUGCUGGCGAGAAAAUGCAUGAUGAUGCCACCAUGCUUUCCAUCUGUUGGAUACAGGAAUUUGGCAGCUGAUCUUCUCCUGAUGACUCCUGACAAUGAACUACAGUUAGUUAAACUAUGUGCUUUCUACCCAGGGUGUACCGAAGAGAUAAAUGAUCUUCAUGAGAAGUGCAAGCUACCCACAGUAGAAGAAUGUAUGCAGUUAGCAGAGGCUGCCCUUGCGGAUGGUAAUAUAUUUGAAACUGUGAAGUAUUUCUUGUUAAGUCAAGAGCCUGAAAAAGCCCUUCCUAUUGGUAUUGACUUCAUCAAAGAAUGCAUCAGUAGCUCAGAUUGGACAUUGGAUACCGUUUACCCCGUUCUUGACCUAUUGAGUUAUAUCCGUACUGAAAAAUUAGUCUUGCAUACGUGUACUAAAGCUCGAAAUGAAUUGCUCAUCUUAUGUGGUUAUAUUGGUGCAUUAUUGGCCAUCAGAAGACAGUACCAAAGCAUUGUUCCAGCACUUUAUGAGUAUACAAGUCAGCUGUUAAAACGUCGGGUGGUAUCAGUGCCUUUAAAAAUUGAGCACCUCUCUGAGGAAUUGGAUGCAUGGAGAGCUUGCACACGGUCCACGAGCCGAUCACCAGAAGAAUCUCCAUAUACACCCCCUUCUGAUUCACAAAGAAUGGUUUAUGCAACUUUACUAAAGAGACUACAAGAAGAACCACUCAAAGGAAUUGUUGGGCCAGAUUAUGUGACUGGAUCAAAUCUGCCCAGUCAUUCAGAUAUUCACAUCUCUUGUCUUACGGGAUUAAAAAUCCAGGUACAGCCUAAUGGCCCUGUAUUUUUCCUUGAAGACGGGAAAUCUACUAUCUCAUUGAAUGACGCUUUGAUGUGGGCAAAGGUGAACCCAUUCUCACCUUUAGGGACUGGAAUACGACUCAACCCAUUUUGACAGGUUUUUCUCCAUGUUUAACUGUUUUUUAAAAAAGACCUUUUGUGGGUUAAUAUUACCUUAACUUUUGUUGUGCACAACCAAAGUUUGAGGGGAGAAGGGGAGGUGGGAGUAACAGUUGACUUAAUUCAUCAACUUCAAAAAAUAAAAUAUUUAUGUAAUUUGAAGGAAAAAUAGGUGUAUUCUUUAUAAAAUAGAGUAGCCAUAUUUGGGAGAAAGAUAAUAUUUAAGUUAUAAAAGACCGAAAAAUAUAAAAGAGCAUAUUAAAGUUUCAGAAAGCAUAAAAGGUACCAAAAGACUAUAUUUUUGAAACUUUGAAACAUAUAAAAUAACACAACAGAUAGAAUAGUGCUUGACAUGUAGUAAGUACUUAAGGAAUAUUGGAAUAUCAACAUGUAACUAAGGUAUGUAUGACUGAUCUUCGAGUUAACAAACACCUAUAUUGUCCUCUGUAAAAUAUGUAGUAAACCACUAGUUUUAGUUCAUAUUUAAUAAAAAGUUUCCAGUUA